UCGGACCCAUUUCAGCGUAGGCUUCAGGUAGCUCGGUGUGCAUCUUGGCCACUGGGAAAAACAUCAUACCGGACUUCACUAGGAUUUCCAAACGACAAAUGAACAAAAUGACAGCAUACGGGAAUUUUCUUCUAUUUUUCGUCAUGUCUUUGAGCGUGAUAUCAUGUAAAGGAAUAUCAUGGCUCGGCCUAACGGUAAACGGGAGCUCGGUCGGGUGGAAUCAGACACAUCACUGUAAACUGCUGGACGGACUCGUGUCAGAUCAGCAUCAACUCUGCAAACGGAACCUCGAGCUCAUGCACAGCAUCGUGCAUGCGGCCAAACUCACCAAGAGCGCGUGCCAGAGCUCCUUCAGCGACAUGCGCUGGAACUGCUCGACCAUCGAGAGCGCCCCUCACUUCACCCCUGAUCUGGCUAAAGGGACCCGUGAGGCAGCGUUUGUGUUCUCUCUGGCCGCUGCAGUGGUCAGUCAUGCCAUCGCCCGUGCAUGUGCUUCUGGAGAGCUCCCCAGCUGUUCCUGUGCACCAGCGCCCUCAGAGCAGGCGGCCCCAGACUUCCGCUGGGGUGGCUGCGGAGAUAAUGUUCGCUACGGCCUGCAGAUGGGCUCAGCUUUCUCAGAUGCACCCAUGAGGAACCGCCGGUCAGGACCACAGGCAUUUAGACUCAUGCAGCUUCACAACAAUGCAGUGGGAAGACAGGCACUCAUGGAUGCUCUAGAGAUGAAGUGCAAAUGUCACGGUGUUUCUGGCUCCUGCUCUGUGAAGACCUGCUGGAAGGGCCUUCAAGACAUCAAGAGCAUCUCAGCCGACCUCAAGUCCAAAUACCUGUCGGCCACCAAGGUCAUUCCACGCCAGAUUGGCACCCGCCGACAGCUAGUCCCCCGUGAGAUGGAGGUCAGGCCCGUCGGAGAGACUGAACUUGUUUAUCUGGUCAGCUCGCCCGAUUACUGCUCACAGAACGCCAAGCAGGGGUCAUUCGGAACCACAGACAGGCAGUGUAACAAGACUGCGACCGGCAGUGAGAGCUGUGGACUCAUGUGUUGUGGACGAGGGUAUAAUGCCUAUACGGAGGUGCUGGUGGAGCGCUGCCAGUGUAAAUAUCACUGGUGCUGUUACGUGUCCUGCAAAACCUGCCAUCGCACUGUUGAGAGAUACGUCUGCAAGUGACAAACCACCUUAUUGACUGUCUUCAUCGACAGAGAGGAGGAGGCACGGUGCAGUGCUGGGUGAAUGUGUAUGAUCUUUCUAGAGCCAUAUGUGAGUGGAUAAUCCGCUCGGAGUGCUGUAAGGAUGGCAUGAAAGUGAAGAAAGAAGAACCGGAGUUGAGGAAUACGGGAUGGUGAAAGAGUUAAUGAACGGCUGUAAACAAAGAACCCUGUGGUGAGGCCCUCAAGGCACCCCGCAGAAAAGCAGAGUGAUAAGUAGUGGCUGCUCACAGCAAAACUCAUCAACUCCAGCACAGAGAAGGAGACAUGGGGGGAGGGUAGAACUGUACUGGUAAAGAGUUACUUUACUGCGGUAAUACUUUACACAUUGCUGAUCUAUUCAGAUCUGUUUUGGUCAGAUAAAUUUCAUAGGUUACACAGCAGUAAGAGAUUGAAUCAAACCGUUUAGUUUGGGUGACUUCAGAAGUUAUAUGUGCUCAGUAUUGACACCAUUGUAUUCAUGAAAAGAAAGAUUAAGGCCGUGCCUUUCACCCUGGGAAAACUUGUACAUUUUCUGUAAAAAUGAAAAUUUGUAUUUAUUUUAUUAAAAAUAUUUAAUGUG